GGACUCGGGAGCGGAAGAGAGUGCAUGGUUGCGAAACAGCAGGUAAAUAUGCGAGGAACCACGUUGUUUUGCGUGCGGUGCGGCGAGAGCGGAUGCGAAGCUGAGAGAAAGAGCGUGCCGGUGAGCGUGAGAGUUAUAUACUUUUGCUCGGUUUGGAAUCGGAGAGAGUUGAACCGAGGGGCUCACAACUUUUUUUGCGGCUAGGCGCGCGUUCCGUGCCGUCCGUUGUGAGCUGAUUGAAGCGCACCGUGUGGUUUGGCCCGUUGUGCGACUGGAACGUGUGCGGUCGCCGUCAGUGCGAUUUCAAAUGUCGUUGCGUCGGGUGGUUGUUAGAAGAAGCACAGCGAAGAAGCGCAUUCAGUGACAGUGUGUAGGAGUGUAGGCACCCGCGGACUCAAUAGGGAAAUCAACACAAAACAUCAACACAGUGCAGCAACAACGCUGAACCGAGUGGGUCGUUGUAAAUUGGCCGUUGUGUCUGUGUGUCAGCUAUAAAUGAUUAUUAUAAAUAAUUACAAGUUUUGCGAGUCGGAAAAAAGCUAAAGCCGGGGUUUCAUGUCGAGAAAUAGAACCCGCGAAGGUUUAGUGGAAAUAAUACGUGUGCAGUGAACGAGAAGAACCACGCAACAGAGGAGAGCUGUCGGGGGAAAAACAUCAAGCAAUAAAAAUUACUAUUGUUUGGAUGGAUUUAUAAUUUUUAUUGUUUGCGUAAUAAAAGUAAAUACAUCGAGUGUCGAAGGGACGCGAAGUGCGCGCGGGUAUGCUCCCAGCAAGAAACGUAUUUGAGAGCGCUUAGCCCGAAUCGAGGGAAGAACUUCAAGGCGAAGUAUAAAUAUUUUCACGAUUUUUUUUUUCGAGGGAACCCUGAGAAGAGCCCACGGAAGAUUAAGCAGCACUAGAGAAACAAGAAGAAACGUAACGCUGAAACCUUUUAGUGGAAGUAAUGAAAAUUUUGGUAAUUAUAAUUACCAAAAAUGAGAAAGAGCAAUUAAACUGUGUUAGGAAAUAUGAAAAUAAAAUGUGAGUGAGUGAGCUGUGUACCUCAGAAGAAACACACCGUGAGCUUGGGCGGAGAAACAGAGAUCGCGAGGAGGCGCAAACAGAAGGAAAGAAUCAUUAAAAUACGAUUAAGUGACCAAAAAACUUGGGAAGUGCGCACUUUUGGCGUUUUCGAAUAAAAGAAACAAACAUGAGGCUAUACCUUGCUAGGCAUUACCAUUCGGUUGAGUGUAGGUAAAUAGCACCGCACCGGAAGGUCGUCGCGGGAGAGACCGAAUCAAAGUGACUAGACACGUAGUCACGUAUAAGACGGAAUCCUCUGUGUGUGACAAACUGUGUUUCUUCAUUUAAGUAUUUAGGCAAAAAAAAGUUUCUUUAAGAAGUCACAUGGUGCGAGAAAAACCAUAAAUCGUGAAUCGGCGAGUUUAGGAGGUGUGCUAAGGCCGGCAAAGAGCAACGUGCGAACCACCUGAUAAAACCCGAGUGAACGCUACAUAGGAAGCAGGAAAUAGGCAGCAUACGGGAGCAUGUGUUAGUGUGAUCCUGGUUCUUGUUUUGAUUAGCGAGCGACAAAGUGUGUGAUAUCAGCGGUUAGAGAGUGCAACAGCGGCGAGAUGAACCUGUUUGAAAAUUUGUGAAGAUAGUUCGCGACCAAAUCGACACCGCAGUAAAAACUUUUCAACUAGACUAACAGUGCAGUGUGAGUCAUGCCAUCGGACACCCCACCUCCGAUGCAUUCAUCCCCCAUCAUGGACCAUUCCGAUCGUCGUCCGGCAUCGGUGCCGUCCAGCAGUACCACCGCCCUAUCCGCAGCCUCAGGCUUUAAGCGGGAAAAGUUUGAACCUACCCUCAAACCCACAAUGACUCCAAAUCAGCAGUUUUGUCUACGCUGGAACAAUUACCAAACCAACUUGACCAGCGUGUUCGAUCAGCUGCUUCAAAACGAAUCCUUUGUAGACGUUACGCUGGCCUGCGAUGGUCAGUCAAUCAAAGCGCACAAAAUGGUCCUGUCCGCGUGCAGCCCCUACUUCCAGACUUUGUUCUUUGAGAACCCUUGUCAACACCCGAUCAUCAUCAUGCGGGACGUUAAGUGGCCUGAGCUCAAAGCCAUUGUCGACUUCAUGUACAAGGGAGAGAUCAACGUCAGCCAAGACCAGAUAGGCCCUCUACUUAAAAUCGCAGAAAUGCUCAAAAUUCGCGGUCUCGCAGACGUAAACGGCGACCAGGAGCUGAACCAAGUUGAGCACGCAGAGCCGUCGGUAAACAUUGCCGACGAAACUGGCUCCAACAAUGACAGCAACAACAGCAGCACCAGUAGUCUACUCCAAAGAGGAAUCAUCAAAAACGAAGGGCGGCUCAUCUCGAUGGACCCCACUCACAAUAACAACAAUAACCCUCCCGCCCACAUGCAGUCCAAAAAGCCGCGAACCUCUCGGGAGCGUGAAUCUUCGCAAAUCUCCAUCCGUGACUUCCCUCGGGAUCUUUCGCGGGACAUGUCCCGAGAGCUGAACGCUGCCGCUGCAGCGGCCGCCGCCGCCGCUGCUGGCGAGUGGCCCCUCAGCGCAGCGCUAGAUACCGUUCAGGCUUCCACCCCGAAGAACAAUCGCAAGCGGCGGUGGCCCUCGGGUGAACGCAGCAGCGUGGGCAGCCCCGCCGAUAGUACACCCGAUCAGCUGGAGGUCCCAUCGCCGAUUCCACCGACUCCGUCCUCGAUAGUGCAGCCGGCUUCGACGCCGACACCGCAGCUGCCGCAGUUCCCGAUUCCAACGGCCCUGAGCGAUCAGAUGGCCGGCCUGUCGUCGCUGUCCGGGCUGACCGGAGCCGGGAGCAGUGCCGGAGGGAGCCAGCAUCCGGACGAUAUGGAGAUCAAGCCGGGCAUCGCCGAGAUGAUCCGCGAGGAAGAAAGGGCGAAAAUGCUGGAGAACUCACAGGCAUGGCUAGGUGCGUCCACUUCAUCGAUAGCUGGCACGACACUAUUGAAGGAAGCUGCCUGUACGCCACCCACCACCUACGCGAACCGAUUUACCGACGAUGGAAGUGCUUUUGCUGCCAAACAAGCCGAAAGUUACCAAUACCAGCUGCAGUCCAUGUGGCAGAAAUGCUGGAACAGCCAAAACCUAAUCCACCAUCUGCGCUUCCGGGAACGUGGUCCGCUGAAAUCCUGGCGCCCGGAAACCAUGGCCGAAGCCAUCUUCAGCGUCCUGAAAGAGGGUCUUUCGUUGUCCCAAGCAGCUCGCAAGUACGACAUUCCCUAUCCGACGUUCGUCCUGUACGCGAACCGUGUCCACAACAUGCUCGGGCCGUCCAUCGACGGUGGCACCGAUCUGCGGCCCAAGGGACGUGGCCGACCGCAGCGAAUCCUGCUCGGCAUCUGGCCGGACGAACACAUCAAGGGCGUGAUCAAGAGCGUGGUCUUUCGCGAUGCCAAAGAUAUGAAGGAAGAGCAGAUCCUGUACGGCAGACAUUCGCCAUUUACGUUCCAAGCCGACAAUCCUUUAAACUACGCACCCAAUGCCAACGGUCAACUGCCAACCGCUGGCGCUGAAGGAAUGACACCCGAUGCUCUGACGGCCGCAACGGUGGCCGCCGUCCGACAGCAGAUGUGCAACAUGGUAGCAGCCGCCCAGCACCACCCGGAAGCGGCGGCCAAUCUGGUGGGGUUCAACCAGCCCCAGCAUCACGCUAAUCUCAGUGUCCACCCGUCGGGAAACGCCGGCGGAUCUAGCGGUGGUAUUCCCGUCCCCAAGGUUGGCUCUCCAGCCGUCACCCACCAAACACACAGUAACAACGGCGGUUCCGGAGGAAUCCAAAUGCCACGGCUAGGGUCACCGGCCGGAUCCAGUAUACACUCCAACAAGGAUCACGACCUGCACGGUCCACCUGGUCUCAACCCGAGCUCCCAUCCGAGCACUUCCUCCGCCGGCGGCAACAUCAACAGCAACGCCACCGCAAUCAGUAACCGUUCCGAAUCGUCACGCAGCAGCAGUGGCAGCAAUCAUUCGUCCAGCGCCAACCACCACCAGCACCCGUUGGCGCACCUGAACAGCGGUAGCCUCAGCAUAACCCGCCUCGGUUCACCGGCCUCGGCGCACGACCUGCGCAUGACGACCCCACCGACGGAGGAGAGCCCCCUGGCGUCGCCCAUGGGAAUGGCCCUGGAACCAGCCGUCAAUUUGGCCAUUGGCGGAGGUGGCGCCACCGGUGCCGGCGGCCAAUCUUCCGACCACCUCGGAAUGCCGCCGUACGGCGGUGGUAGUAAAUCUUCGUCCCGCGCUGGGUACUCUUCCUCGUCGUCGCCUCCACGGCCGGAGCAUCUCUUCCAGGACCAGGACAUUGCCGAACUGGUGGCCAACACUAGGGCGGCGGCAGCAGCGGCUGGCGUCGGUGGGGCUGGUAAGGAUCACGGUAGGCCGGUGGCGUCGGCUAUUAAGGUCGAACCGAUGACCGAAUGUCGUGGGGAUUAGGCGGUGGGAAGGGGUGGGGUAAUUUGGGUUUAAGGGGGGUGAGUUAAGUAGGAUUUUGUUAGUUUCUCAGUUGAGGGAUUUUUUUUAGUCUAAUUCGUGUAAAUCUUCUAGGUUUAGUAUUAUUUUUUUUUUUUGUUUUUAUUCUGUACGAUUCAGCCGCUUUGGUUGGAUUCCUUCAAGCUUUCUAAUUCAGUUGAAGUAGGAGAGAUGAUUUCACACAUGUUAUAUUUUGCAAUAUGUGAUAUAUUUAACUUUACAGUGUAGGAAGGGCGACCUCCGUUUCUAUAAGAGGCUAGCGAUAGCGGAUAGAGGUUUAACGUUUCAGUGGAAGGGUUACUAUUUAUUAUUUCCAAUACUGGGACGGGAGAUGUGGUAAAGAAGAUUGAGGAUAGAACUGUAAUAAUUUUCCAACCGUACUAAACGAUAACGCGGAGAAAAAGCGUUAACUAAGGUGUUCAAGAACGACACUAAUAACUAUGAAACGUGCAAUAAGUGAAUAAAAAUGGAAUUUGAACAAUGAAGCGUGGAAGUAAAGAAAUACGUGGUGUGAAAUACGUGUAGACGUUAGGUUUGAAUGUGCAAAAGGAAGAUCACUGAUAAUAAUGGAAAUCAUAAGGGUUGGGCGUACCUCGAAAGCUUGAAACACCGUUUGCAGGUCUUAAUGCAAUCUACUAGUCUUCCAUACCUUGUGCAUAAGUGGAUAUAGCCACCAUCCUUGAGUCGUUUUCUACUUGCAGAAUGAACUAGACUGCGGGUAGUGGAAAUACUGGGUCCAUAACCUUAAAGAUUUUCUUUCAAAACUGCUGUGCUGUGGACGUGAUGGUUAGUUUCCAGAGGAAUUGUCCGGAAGUGAAAAUGAAGCACAUGCUAUGUGAAAAGAUGCAAGGUGUUUUCACGAGAAGGUGAGAUUGAUCCAAGAGUUCCUUCAAAAGGUCCUUCGAGGGACCAGGAGUUCCUAUUGGGAUUAUACUUUUUGAGAUGUUCUAGAGUUCUUCCUGGGGUCCCUUCUUUUGAUAUUUCACCUGUGUGGGAUUCUCCUUUUAAGAGUUCUUCUUUCCGGGAUUCCCCCAAGAGAUCCGUGUGAGAUUCCUACAAUAGUUUCAUCUAAAUUCUUCGAGAAGUUUCUUCUAAGAUUCCUACCGAAGUUCCUUCAAGGAUUCCUCAAGGAGGCUCUUCUGGUGUUCAUCUUUUUGAGGAUUUCUCAUUCUGAGAUUCCUCCAGAAGCCUUUUCUGAGCUCCUCCAAAUGCUCCCUUUGGGAUUUUCUCUUGAGAUUGCAACCCCAAGCAGCACGCAUGUCACAAAAUGUGUGUUUUGGUAGGAUACGAGUCAUUUUCUAGUUAUUCUGCCUUUUGGUUAGAAUUACAUGAAUGUAGCUCCUGCGCUGAUGACACUCCCCUGUGACAUGUGUGCUGCUUGGGAAAUGAGUUUCAUCUAGUAUUCCUGCAGGAAUUUCACCCGGGAUUUCUCCAGAAAUUUCUGGAAUGCUUCAGCAAUUCUUCUAGGAUUUCCCUAGGAAUCCUUUGUGGGAUUCAUCCAGACAAUCCUUUCCAGAUUCCUUCAAGAACUUUUUUCGGGAUUCCAAAAAAAAUAGGAAUCCUUUAGGAACUCUUUUCGGGCUUCCUCCAGAAAUUUCUUCCGAAAUCCCUUCAGCUGCACUCCUUUAUUAACACUUUCCAGGAUAUAUCCAAGAAUUCCUUCAGGGAUAUCUUCUUUAUCUUUUUUCAGGAUUCAUCCAGCAACUAUUUCCCGGAGUUCUCGAGGAGUUUCUUGUGAAAACCCUUUAGAUCUUUCUGAAAUUCUCUCAGAUGUUUUUAUUUGAUACCCUCUAGUGUUUUACGGAAUUUCUUAAGAAUUUACUAUAAAGGGUCCGUUUGAAACUCUUACAGAAGCUCCUGGGCGAGAUCUUAAACAAUUUCUGAAGACAUUCCUUCCGCAGUUCUGUUUCUUUUAGGAUUAAAUUUAUCCAGGAAUUCCUUCUAGAGAUCCCAGAAAAAAAAUCUGCAAUUUUUACGAAAGGACUGGAGGGAGAAACUCCUAGUUGAAUCCCUGGAGGAACUUUUCUUUAGAAAUCUUAGAAGGUGUUCCUGGAGGAAUCAUCUCGGAUAGAAUUCCUAAAGGAGUCUUUGGGAGAACUUCUGUAGGAAAAAAGAAGAAAUUCACUGAGGAAUCUCAGAAAGAACUCCAGGAGGAAUGCAAGAAGAAGUUCUGAAAAAAAUCAGAAGAAAUUCCUGGAGGAAUACAAGGAACAGACAUAUUCACAGAUAUUUUCAUCUAGUGACUGUAGCAAAUCAAAGUUUCUCUCUGGACAUCAGCUGCACUUUGAACACAUUAAAUACGAAACCGGCGAAAAUUCCGUUUUCACUCGUAGCCACAGCUACUUCUCCUUAAGCUGCUGCCAAUGGAAGUUCUGAGUUGGUGCAAUUCGUCACCCGAAAUGUCUGAGUAGCAUCUGAAAUAAUCUCAAGUGGCCAUCAGUCGUAGAAAGAACGACGAUAAGAUUUGCAUUGCUGCAAUAUUUACUCGAAUUGGGUUCAAUAAUAAAUCAAAAUAAAAAUAAACGUAGAGUUCCCAAAGUUCAAUUCACAAUGCAGAAUACGGUAACUAGUUUGCCGAAGUAGCACGUUACCUCGGUGUUUGGCCAACAGUGUUUGUUGUAUGACCGGGUAUCAAAGAGCUGCCAUAUUUCAUGGUGGCACCCUGGGAGGAACACCCAGAACCAUAUUUAAACUAAGGACAUUCUUCAUUUUCAGUGAAUCAAGAGACGCUUAGGAACGCAGACUUUUCCUCUCAUAGAGCCACCAUGAAAUAAGGCGACCCUUAGAUUUGGAGUUUCUAGAGAAUAUCGAAACAAUUGUAUAUGCUACGUCUGCAUGAAAACUGGGUUGAAAUCCUAUACUUUUCAAAAAACAUUCAGGCAGCUCAAGGCCGUGCACAGAGGGAAGUUUAGGGCAUUUAACCCGACGGAGGCAACUAUUUAAAAUUCAUAUGUUAUAAUUAUGUGAGAAAAGCUUGAUUGAUUAAUUGAAUAAAUCGAUCUAUGGAUUUUUUUUUUCAGGAACUUCUGAAGGAUUCCCAGAAGGCACUUCUGGAGGAUUCUCAGAGAAACUCUUGAAGGAAUCCUAACCAAAUAUUCCGGAAAAUUCUCACAAGGAACUGGAAGGUUUUAACAAGAAGCUCGUGGAGGAUUUUCAGAACUAUCUUCGGGAUCUUCUAUAAGGAACACCAGGAAGGCUCCCAGUAGCAACAUCUGAAGGAUAAUCAGAAGAAACUUGGAAGAAACGCAACAAGAUUGUGGAGAAAUUCAUCCAGGAGUUUCUUGUGAAAAUCCUUAUGAUGCUUCUGGAGUUCCUUCGGAAGUUCACUCUGAAACUCUCUCAGAUGUUCUUAAUUGAAACCCUCUAGUGUUUUACGAAAUUCCAGUCGCAUGUUUAAUGGAAUUUCUUAUGGGUCCUAGUCUCAAGAGUCGGUAUGAAAUUCUUCCAAGAGUUUCUUCUAAAAUUCUUAAGGAGAUCCUGGACGAAUUCUUCAACAAUUUCUUAAGAGAUUCCAUCAGCUAAUGUUGCUUUUAGGAUUAAUUUCUCCAGGAACUGCUGCUGGAUAUUCCAGAAACUACAAAUUAAUUCCCAGGAGGAACUUUUCUUCAUUCAGUCAUCAGCAAUCAUCAAUUAUUCAAAACCAGUUUUCUUGCUCUAACUCACAAAACAAUAAUUGAACAUGGUUUCACUGUUAUUGGUGAGUAUAAAUUUGAGUCAUAAAUUUUCAUUAACAUUGGCUGAGAUUUCAGCAAGAUCAUUGCUUUUGAGUAUUUGGUAAACGAUGAUGGUUUGUUUCCUUUAAAAAAUCUUAGUAGUUACUUCUUGAAAAUCAUAGAAAAAACUAUAGGAUCAAUCAUAGAAGGCGCUCCUGGAAGAAUCAUCUCGGAUAGAAUUCCUAAAGGAGUUUAAAAAUGAACUCUAGGAUGAGUUUCAGAAGAACCUUCUGUAGGAAAAGCAGAAGGAAUUUACUGAUGAAUCCCAGAAAGAACUCGUAGCGGAAUUCAGGAAAAAGUUCUGGAAAAAAAUCAGAAGGAAUUCCUGGAGGAAUACAAGCAGCAGGCAUAUUCACAGGUAUUUUCAUUUACUGACUGUAGUCUACUCAGUAGCAAAUCAGAGUUUCUCUCUGAACAUCAGCUGCACUUUCUCCGAACGUACCUUAACUUGUCUCAUAAUAGCAUAGCAACGUGUAGUACAGUUGAUUACCAUCAACUCUGCUCAUAUGACUUUUUUUCAUUGCGUACUCCGCUUUUGACAAUAGCGGAAUUGUUCGAAUGCCACUGCCCUAACCUACCAAAAUUUAGUUUAUACUCCCAGUCGUAGUGGCUUCUCCUUAAGCUACCGCCAAUAAAAGUUUUGAGUUUGUGCAAUUCGUCACACGAAAUCCCUGAAUAGCAUCUGGAAUCAAUUUAAGUGGCUAAUGACCGGGAUAAGCUGUCGUAUUUCAAGGGGGCUGCCUGGGAUGAACAUCUAGAACCUCAACAAAACUAAAGUUUUACUUCAUGUCCAGUGGAUCGAGAGCAGGGAUGCCAUAUAUACAGAUUUAUCUGUAUUAUACAGAUUUUUGAGCAUCUGUACAGAUUGCAUUUAUAUGAAAUACAGAUUUUCCAUUUGUAUAGGAUACAGAUUUUUUACCUAAAUUUUGUAUGGGAUACAGAUUUUUGAACGAGUGAUACAGAAAAUCCUCUGGCAUCGUUGAUCGAGAGAAGCUCAGAAGCGCUGAGUUUUCCUCUCAUGGAGCCACCAUAAAAUAAGCUGGGCGCCCUUUGAUUUAGAGUUUCCAUAAAAUAUCAAAACAAUUGUAUAUGUUGAAUCUACAUGUAAGGUUGGUUUAAAUCCUACUUUCCAUAAUGCAUUCAGGCUACUAUUUAGAGUCAAUAGUUAUGUGAGAGGCUUGAUUGAUUGAUUAAUUCGAUCUGGGGACAUUUUCAGAAAAUUCUGAAGGAUUCCAAGAAGGAACUAUCACAGGAUUCCCAACUAACAAUCACUCAUUUUACAAGCACCUUUACGACGAAUUGAUUCAGCAUGAUGCUGAAUAACAUUUGGAUAAUUUUCAGGCACAACCUUUGUUCGGGUUUUGUUCACACAAAUUUGGAGAAACUAUAAAGCAUAGUGUUCUGUACCAACUGAACUGUUUGUUGUUUAAUCGUUUUACAAUUAUAUAGUAAAGCUGUUAUUCAGCUUAAGCAAAAAUGAUUAAAAAUUAAAAAACAUGCAAAAAUGUUCAAUUUCCACGGGAGUUUAUGACUGGAACUCAAUGCUGUGAACAAAUAUUGUGAAAUAGUAGCUACACAUAAAUUUACCUAAAUCCAGAUUUGAACUCGAGACCCGUCGAUUGCCAGCCGCAUGCCUUCCUAUCUGCGCCAUCCUAGAGAUGGUGAAUUGCAGCGCUCAAACCAAAACAUAAACUUCACGUGGUUUAAUAAUGAUCAGACUACGGCUCCUAUUCAGCAGUGGUGAAUUAGCACAACAUUAUGGUUAACGACUGAACAACAGAUUAAUUCAGCUGUUGUUCAGUAAAAAACACGUGUUUUUCAUCAUGUACUCUGAGUCGAAGUAUGAUGAAACGAAAGCGCUUAUGUGACUUGUGAAAAACACAUUAUACAGAUUCAUGUCCUAAUUUUUACAUGAACUUAACAAGAAGCAGAAAAAAGUCUUGUUAAGCUAUGCUGUAAAGGAAUUACUGCGAGUCGAAUAAAAAUCUUAUUAAACGUUUGAAAAGUGUUUUAAAUUAUCAUUGUUAUUACCAAUACGAAAAGUUGAACAUUGGCUACUUUUUCUAAUGAAAAAGCAUUUGUACAGUAAUGUGUACAGCAUAAUUUUAGUUCAGCUAAAAUUACUAUUAUAAAGCAACAAUUCAGCAUGCAUGCUUGUUUACGGCUGGCAAUUGUUAGUUGGGUUCUCAGAAGAAACUUUUGAAGGAACUCUUGGGAGAAUUUCCAGAACUAUCUGCUUAAGAUUUUUCUAAAGAACGCCAGGAAGGCUCCCAGUAGGAACUUCUGGCGAGUUUUCGGAAGAAACUGCUAAAGAAUUUGUAGAAGGUACUGCACCAGUAUUUCCAGAAGAAGUUCAUGUAAUAUUCCUAAGUAGAAGAAAUCUAUGGAGUAUUCCCAGAGGGAACACUUGGAAUAAACGCAACAAGAUCGUGGAGAAAUUCCAAAGACGAUUAUAAAGGGAAUCCAACAACAGCUCUCGAAAGUAUUCAAGGUAGAAGUUCCAGAAGGAACUGCUGCUCAAGUACCAAAAUAAACACCUGUAAGAAAUUCUUGGACGAGUCUCAGAAGGGUUCCCAGGAAGAAACCAAGAAGGAUGAUCCCCCAAUUUGUGGAUGAAUAUCAGAAAAAAACCACAUAGGAAGUACUGGAUAAAACCUCGGAGGAACUCCUGUAGAAAUUUCAGCAGCAGGAACAUCUUGGUGAGUCUCAGAAGAAACUCUUGGAAGAAUUUCAAGAGGAUCUCUUCCUUCAAACCCACCAUGAGUUCCUCAAUGGUUUCCGAUUCCGGGAGCUCCUGAAGGAGUUCUCAUAAGAAACUUCAGCAUAUGGAUUUAUAUCAGCCCAACUAACAAUUGCAAGUCACAAACAAGCAAGCUUGCUGAAUUGUUGCUUAAUAAUGGUAAUGAUAGCUGAACUAAAAUUAUGCUCUACACAUUACUGUUUAAAUGAUUUUUCAAUUGAGAAAGGAGUCAAUGUUCGACUUCCUCAUUGGUAUCAACAAUGAUAAAUUAAAACACUUUUCAAAAGUUUAACAAAUAUUUUAUUCGACAAGCAUUGAUUCCUUAAUAAAAGAGUUUAACAAAACAUUUGUCUGCAUCUUAUUAAGCUGAUGUAUCGAUAAGCAUAUGCUCUUGAACAAUGUGCUUUUUACUUGUCAAAUAAACGCCUUCAGCCCGUCAUAGUUUGACUCGGAACUUUGUUUGGAUUAUGGGAUAAAUCAUGGCUAAAACGGUUUAGACAACCAAAUUAUUGAAUAAUCAAUAUUUUAAACGAAUCACAUAAAACAGAAUAGAAUUAUGUAGUUUAACAUUGAGUGCCAAGAGACGUAAUCAACGUUAAAAUGAGGCAUUUAUUUAUUAUUAUUAGUCUGUAACAAGAUAUCUUGUACCUUGAUUAUUAUAUUUUUUUAUCUUCCGCAGCCGUUAGAUUGUACGAGACGCUUGGAUCGAUGCAUUUGACAUUUCGUUACUGUCGUGUUGACUGAAUAUUGUUCCCACAGUCACCUAAAUAACCAAACAGCAUUCAGAAAUCGACACAUUCAAAGUAUCCCUCAACAUCCUUAUGCACUAUUUAUUGAACGUAAUAUCAAGAUUCCAUGACAAAAUCAUAAAUAAAAAAAAUGCUUAACGGAUCUUCGACUGAGCAUGAGUAGAUUACCUGAACAGAUGCUAUGAAUGCACCAUGUCCAAGACCAUACCGCGCCACAUAUUGUCAUACAUUUUUAAAGAUCAAUAUUUAACCAUAAAAAUAGAAACAUAUUCAUAUCGCAAUUAGUACGUCUGGAAACAAUAUCUUCAAUAAGGACCAACACUUUUUGGCCGCAUUCGAUACAAUGCGAUAAAAUACUGACAGCGAAAUCAGAAUGGAAAACACGUGUUUUUGGCUGAACAGUGUUGAAGUAUAAGGCGUUGUUCAGUUGAUUACCACGUGCUGUGAUAAUUCACCACUUCAGACUCUAGUUUAAUUUAAAAAUAGGCCUAUCUGUCCGAAGAUAAGCACAGUAGUAGAAUUAAAAGGAAUUUGCUCGUCCUUUCUAGUUUUUCUUUAAAAGAGUUAUUCAUUUUUUAUUUUCUUUUGCAAAAGUAAAGUAUUAGUGAAGUGUUUUUAAAUUAAACUAGAGUCUGAAGUAACAAGUUCUACUAAAAGCUCUAAAGUAAUAGUAAAGUGAAGAUGGCAACCAAGCCAAAGUCAGAGCCGAAUAAGUUCAUCGAGUUGAAGAAGACCAUCGCAGGAUUACACAAGGAUAUCGCGUUUCUCAAGAAGUGUAUAGAGUACAGGCUUACUCCCGUAAGUCACAAGGUAAAAGUUAAAACAGCCACAAACCCCAACAUAGUAAAGACACUUGAACAAACACUCAUCAAAGAAAGCAUCAAAAAACUACACAGCAAGAUCAACAUGAAAACUUUGGAAUGUUAUUCUCUCCAUUUAAAGUUAGCGAAAGAUUAUCCUGAAUCUUUCCCUAAUUUUCUAACAAAAGUAAAAGUUGCAGAAUUUUGUGAAUCAGAAAGAAAAAGGAAAUUACUAGAUAAAAAACUUAAAGCAUUAAAGAUGCAAAAUCCGAAGUUUACAUGUUCUUCUACACAACCACAAAACACAACACAAGAACUAACUGGGUUAGUUGUCAAUCGCUCUUCCGAACAGUUUACGGAAGAACAGUUGACCCUUCUCAACAAAGGUCUUAACUACGCAGUACACUCUAAACCAGAUUCAACACAAACCAUAAUCGACAUUGAAACAGCUAUCAACACGAACAAUUUACAGACACCACAGAUUCAAGAAAUCAGAACACAAACAGGUAACACUAUUCAAAACACACAACAAAACAAAUUGAACAAAGAACACCUGAAAGAACAACGAAUAAUCAAAGAACUUAACCAGAAACCAGUUUUCUAUCUGAAAGCUGACAAAGGAAACAAAACAGUAAUCAUGAACAAAGAGGACUAUGAUGAAAUAAUGAAUAACAAGAUUCAAAAUGGACCUUACCGAAAACAACGUACUGAUCCUCUUCCAGGAUUAGUAAGACGUGUUGACAAAACUCUCAAAGAGUCUACACCAGUUUUAGGAAGCGUCAUUAAAAGCCUGAAAGAAUCUAACCCUUCAUUGCCAAGAAUAAAAGGACUUCCCAAAGUUCAUAAACCUGGAAAUGAAAUGCGUGAGAUUGUUUCAGCCAUUGGUUCACCUACACACAAAAUUGCCAAAUAUUUAGUACAAGAAUUCCAAAACAUGCCUAAAAAAUUUCACAGUAGAUCUGUCAAGAAUUCCGAACAAUUCACAGAACUAGUACAGAAUUUAUCCGUUAACGACGAUGAAAUUUUAGUUUCAUUCGACGUUAAAUCACUAUUUCCAAGCAUUCCAGUUAAAGAGGCCAUUAACCUACUAGAAGAUUGGCUUCUGAACCAGUAUGAAGAUUCAAAUUCAGAUUGGAUUAAGAAAGUUCGUACAUACAUCAAAUUAACCAAACUUUGUAUGGAAGAAAAUUAUUUUUCGUUCAGAAAUGAAACCUACAAACAACUUAAUGGUGCCCCCAUGGGCAAUCCACUUUCUCCAUUUUUAAGUGAAAUUUUUAUGGCAAAUUUGGAAAAACGCUUAGAAAACAACAAACAGCUUCCUGAAGUCUGGUGGAGAUACGUUGACGACGUGUUUAGCAUUGUUAAGAAACAUCUUUUACCUGAAAUCUUGAACAAUAUCAAUAAUGCACACAAAAACAUCGAAUUCACUUGUGAAAUUGAACAGAACAACCAACUACCAUUUUUGGACAUACUCAUCGUAAAACAAGAAUCAACACUUUCCUUCGAAAUUUACAGAAAACCGACACACACUCAACGCACUAUUCCAAAUUCAUCAAAUCACUCACAUCAACACAAAAUUGCAUCCUUCAAUCACAUGAUACACCGAAUGCAGACACUUCCACUUAGUGAAACAGGAAAAACGAAAGAACUUAAUUACAUUUUCGAAACAGCACAGUUGAACGGUUACACAAAACAAACAAUACAACAGAUCAUCAACAAAAAGACACAACAACAAUACAGACGUUCUUUGACUACACUGACACGGACAGAACCUACACUUAAACGGAUAACUGUGAACUACAACAAUGACACCAAAAAACUCCGACCUAUUCUCAGAAAGUUUGGUUUUGAAUUAGUUUUCACAAGCAAAGCUAACCAACUUCAAACUCUCUUAGGAUCUACGAAAGACCCGUUGGACAACUUAACAAAAUCUGGUGUUUACAAAGUAACAUGUAAUCACUGUGACAAAAUAUACAUAGGACAAACAAAACGCACACUCAACACACGAUUCAAAGAACACAUAACGGAAGUAUCAAAAGCACACAAAGACACAGACAAGGGACUCAUUCAUCAUUUUAAAUCUAAAGUUGCUGAACAUAUUUUCAAUGAAGGACAUUUUAUGAAUACUUCAAAUAUUAAACUCUUACGACACAUUACAAACCCAUGGAAACUUGAUGUUGUAGAAAGUUUAGAAAUUUACAAACAAAACAAUAAAAAACUACUUAACAAGGAUCAGGGCAAUGGGUACACGUGGCUGUUUAAAUUUUUACCUAACACACACAAAACAUUACACAAUACACAAAACACAAAUUGACUACCUACCAAAUCGGCAGGAAAAAAUAACACAACAAACACCAAUUGACUACCUACCAAAUCGGUAGGAAUUUUCCUAGCUUUAGGUAUCUUAUUGACACCCUGUUUUCUAACAGGCAGAUACACCCCCUUUUUUACAAAUAUGUACCUACAAUUUUGUACCUACAUUUUUAUACCUACACUUUUACCCACACACGUACCUACACAUACACUCCUAGUAUAAAUACCACAACGAAUGCGAGGUUUUCUUCAGUCGAGCACUUGACACUGAAGAAGUCUGUAAGUCACAGACGAAAUAGGCCUAUCUGUCCGAAGAUAAGCACAGUAGUAGAAUUAAAAGGAAUUUGCUCGUCCUUUCUAGUUUUUCUUUAAAAGAGUUAUUCAUUUUUUAUUUUCUUUUGCAAAAGUAAAGUAUUAGUGAAGUGUUUUUAAAUUAAACUAGAGUCUGAAGUAACAAGUUCUACUAAAAGCUCUAAAGUAAUAGUAAAAUUCACCACUGCUGAACACAAGUUCAGGAGUGAUCAUUAUUGAGUCAUGGGAAGAUUAUAUUUUGCUUUGGGUGCUGCAUCUCACCAUCUCUAGGAUGGCGCAGAUAGGAAGGCAUGCGGCUGGCAAUCGACAGGUCUCGAGUUCUAAUCCGGAUUUAGGUAAUUUUAUAUGUAAUUCUUAUUUCAUAAUAGGUGUUCCCAACAUGAGAGCAAAUAAUUACUCUCGUGAGAGUUUAACAUUUUUGCAUUUUAUUUAUUUUCAGUCAUUUUAGCCAAAGCUGAAUAACAACUUUCCUGUACAUUUGUAAAACGCUUUGAACAACAAAAAAUAAGUUGGUGCACAACAUGAUGCUUUAUAACUUCUCCAAAUUUGUGUGAAUAAAACCCGAACAUAGGUUGUACGUGAAAAUAAUUCAAAUGUUAUUCAACAUUAUGCAGAAUUAAUUCGUCAUAAUGGUGCCUGUUAAAUAAGUGAUUGUUAGUUGGGAGAAGCAGCUCCUGAAGAAAUCCCAUAAAUUUACUAGCAAACUUCCCAUUGAAUUCCAAGAGAAAACCAAGUGGAACGUGGUGAAAAUGUUUUGUCAGCGUCAGUUGAAAAACCAUAAAUGUAAACUCUGAACCAGAAUGUCCUGAUAAAACAGUUUAGUUUGGGCUGAAAGUCACUAUAAUAAAGUAAUAAUAAUGCGAUUAAAAACAUAGCUGUUCCAAAAACAUGAAAGGCCUGAAGCUAUUACAUGGUAAACGAUUAUUUUGAAAACUCGUUUUCGCUCUUGUUGUACAUUCGCUAACUACCAAGCACAGUGUGAUUAGUAUUAGGUGAUUCCCUCCUAUGACGAUGGACAUAUCUGCAAUGGUACACUGGGUCUUCGAAUUAUAUCUAUUUGCCUUAUGCCCUAUAGGUUUCACAUUAAGUUGUACUUCAUUUCUAGUGGUUCGAGAAGCAUUCAGAAGCACUCCGUGUUCCUCCCAUGGAGCCACCACAGAGAAACAAACGUCACACUCUACUCUCACUUCUUCAACCCCCUUUCCAAACGUGGUUUCCCAUAUUUGGUGCUCACAUAUCGCUUUUGCUUCUGUUUGAAGUUUGCUCACUACCGCCAUCUAGUUGUUGCUCGGUCAAGCACAGUAUAAUUAGUUUUGGGCGGUUACGUUUUUGUGACGAUGUAUUAAACUGGAAUGCGUUCCUAGAACUCUUGGACCGUCUGUUCCUCUGUGGAGCCACCAUGCAAUAUGGCGACCCUUAUAUCUGGAGUUUCCGGGGGUACCGAUACAUAUGCAUAAAAAACUGGUUCAAAAACAAUGUUUGUAAUGCUCAGUGCUCUGGAAUAAUUUUAAAAAUCAAUUCAAAGUGACUAUGUAAGCGAUUCAAUUCCAUACCAGAGCUGGCAAGCAGUCAUGAAUUUGUCAUUAGAAUGUAUUAAUAUAAAAAAAAGCCUUUCCAAAAUUGAUUUUAAGAUAUAAUUUUUUUUUUAUUGGAAAAUACGGCUGAUACAUUUCAGACGAUUCUCGACAAACCAUUUAUAUUAUGCUCAAAUCCUUAAGGUUUCCAUUAUUAUACAGAUGAAAUUUUGCAAAUUGUUAAAAAACACACUUCCUGAAAACGAACGACGCAAGCACUUUGAAAACAUAACACAUUCAAACUCAAGAAAACAUUAAUGUACAAAGCAAAAACAUUUUAUGACUUGUCGCGUGAGAACAAAAAACUCACUCCGCAGCAGCUAAGCUUGCGAAUGAUAGGAAUAAACAAGCGCGACAUAGAGUUGAGACAAAAAAAAAACAUACAUAUAUUUAAUGAAAUUGCCUUCUUGUCAUGUGGAAACACAACCUCCAUAAGUAAAAUUUAUAUAGUCGAAAACAAAACAAAAAAUGAAUCAACAUUUUUAGGCAAAAAAUCUAAACAAAAUUUUUAAAACCGUUAGCGAAAAAUACAACGUUUGGCCAAGAGUGUAUUUUUCCGGAGAAACCAAGCGUAAUGCGUCUUUUGUGUUAGCGAUUGUUGACGACUUUUUCGAUUGUUCCGUUUGACUAUCAUUUUUAUUGUGAGAUCAUCAGUUUAUGUCCCUGAAGAACAAAGAGAGGUGCAUCGUCCAUCCAGCUCAAACAUUUCGGCACUAAACCAAGCAUGUGUCUGACACAAGAGGAGAGAACGAGAGAAAAAAAGGCAAAAGGGCUACGAGACACUUAUAUUUUUCUAACACCGGUUAACUACACAAAACGUUUCGGACAUGAUACAACAAAUUUCGGCGAAAAGUAACAAAUUCAGUUGAAUUAAAUAAUUUUAGGCAAAGAAAAACUUUUAGACUAGCAAAAACAAAAAAAGAUAAAAUCAUUGUAACGUUUCGGCCAAUGUGUUCAAAAAAUGAGAAGCAAAAUUUAAAGGAUACAAAAAGAGAAUAAAGAAAAUAUAUUUAAAUUAAAUUAAAAGAAAACAAAAAUUUAGAGAAAAAGUGCCUUCCACCCCUUUUUAUGAGAAGAAAUUUAAUAUAUAAAUUACUUUUAAAAAACGACGAAAAGAACAGAGCGAACCGAUAGAGACAACAAAACAAAAAAAGUCAAGGAGACAUGCAUAAACUGUUUUUAAAACUUUGAAAGAAACUUUCGGAAAUUUGAACGUUUUGCAACGUUGUUGUUUUUCUAAUUUUUAUAUUUUGAUCGAGUGACGGCAACUGGCAAAGAACUUGUCAUGUACCUUGUUUAUUCUGUUUUUAUUGGAGGAAAAAGAUUAUUUUCAAGAUGAGAGGUUGUGUCAUUUCAAAACUAUUUUUUCUAUGUGUGCACUGUGUAAUCAAAUGACAGGAAAGAGCUGCUAUCAAUGAAAACCACAAAAUGCUUUCACAUCACACAAAACAAAAACAUCCUCGAAUCGAUGCGGAAUAAAUUGUAAAUGCACCUGCAAGUCCACUAUGAACAAACAAUACAAUGAAAUAACCCAGCGCAAGACAAACACAGCAACAAGCUUACAACAUUCUCUCAACUCACUUUGAUCAACAAACAACCGAAAUAAAUAGAUAUCAACAAAAGAAGAAAAAAAAAACAAAUAUUGAUGUACUAUAGCAUAAAAUACAAAACUAAAACUGACAUACUGCAAAUGGAAAUAUUCACCGAAUCCGAAAAUCAACUCAUAGUAGUGACCGCAAACCAGAGCAGCGCCGAGAUUCAUGGUAUUAUACAUUCUUCAGGAAACAUUAUUUAAUACUACUAAUUGGAAACGAACGAUAAACAUUAAAGCAAAAGUUAUUCAACUGAGUCUAUGAUUGUGUAAGAUAUGAAGCAUGCAAAGAAAAGUGAGUAAAAUGUAUUAAUGCAGAGCGCAAGUAUGCGUUUUUAACCACGAGUACAGAA